UCUCUACCGUGCUCCCAACCAACCACAUGACCUGCGUCCGCCGAAUCCGAUUCUAUAUAAAUUUCCCGCGUGUGGCCAGAUCAGAAUUUCGAAACCCUUUCCUCACUCGUCUCGAGUUGGCGCGCGAUCAUCUUCAACGAGUCCUUGCUGCUGCAAAAGGGAAAAAUGAUCGAUGUGAAGUGAGCCGAGCACUCAUUCCUCACUGCUUUCUCAUCUCCUCCUCUGCUUCCUUCUGAUUUCUCUGGAACGAUUACAAAUUCGUCUCUCCGUCUAAUGGCGGCCAGGUUCGAAGAUCACGGCCAGCUCCAGCUCCUCGAAAGAGAUGAAACAGAGGAGGAAGAAGACUGCUUCGAAGCCAUUGAUAAAUUGAUAUCGCUAGGAAUCAAUGCCGGAGACAUAAAAAAGCUUCAGGACGCCGGGAUCUACACUUGCAAUGGCUUAAUGAUGCACACGAAGAAGAACCUGACGGGGAUUAAAGGUUUGUCCGAAGCAAAGGUCGAUAAAAUCUGUGAAGCUGCAGAAAAAGUAGUGAACACUGGCUACAUGACUGGAAGUGAUCUUAUGCUCAGAAGGAAGGCUGUGAUUAAAAUCACGACCGGCAGCCAAGCCCUUGACGAGCUUCUUGGGGGAGGGAUCGAGACGCUUGCCAUCACGGAAGCAUUUGGAGAAUUCAGAUCAGGAAAAACUCAGCUGGCCCAUACUCUUUGUGUAUCUACCCAGCUUCCGAUCAAUUUGCAUGGCGGUAAUGGAAAAGUCGCUUACAUUGACACUGAGGGCACAUUCCGACCGGACCGGAUCGUACCUAUUGCAGAGAGGUUUGGGAUGGAUCCGAGUGCAGUUCUCGACAACAUCAUCUAUGCACGAGCGUACACAUACGAGCACCAGUAUAACCUGCUGCUGGGCCUUGCAGCUAAAAUGUCUGAAGAGCCCUUCAGGCUUCUGAUUGUGGAUUCGGUGAUUGCAUUGUUUCGCGUAGAUUUCUCGGGCCGUGGGGAGCUUGCUGAGCGACAGCAAAAGCUGGCGCAAAUGCUCUCCCGGUUGACGAAAAUCGCCGAGGAAUUCAAUGUGGCAGUCUACAUGACCAACCAAGUGAUUGCGGAUCCUGGAGGGGGCGUGUUCAUAUCGGAUCCUAAGAAGCCAGCAGGUGGUCACGUGCUGGCGCAUGCAGCUACCAUCCGGCUUAUGCUGCGUAAAGGCAAAGGCGAGCAGCGCGUUUGCAAGAUAUUCGACGCCCCUAAUCUCCCAGAGGCUGAAGCUGUGUUCCAGAUAACACCAGGUGGCAUUGCGGAUGCCAAGGAUUGAGGCCUUCACCUACAGUGGAGUAGGAUAAAGAGAGUUAUUUGAGAAUUUUGGUGGAUAUACGAUGGUGUAAAUGAUUGCACUUUUGGGCCUAUCGGCCUGAAAAUUAUUUCAACUGACACUCUUUUUAAUAUUACAUGGAUACUUUUAGGGGUAUGUGCUGCUUUUAAUACUGCAAGUUAUAUUUUAAAGUUGGUCA